AUGGCCCAAUUCCACCAUAGACCAACAGGAGGCGACCAGGUCUUGAUGGACGAAAGAGGCAGAAGAGACAUCAUCGGGGUCGCCUUCUUAGCUACCAUAUUUCUCGUGUUUUGGCUAGCAUCCAUCCUCAAUGUGGCGCUGCAUUGGGAUAUCAUGCGACAUAAUCCCACCGACGAGAUCAAGGCUAAAGUGCCUCAGAAUAUUGAGAUGAAGCCUAUGAAGCCCAAAGGUUCUGAUGAUCUCGAGACUGGGCUUGUGAAGCCUUCAGGUGCUAAUGAUAUCGAGAGUAUCGAGAGUGGGCUUAUGAAGCCUAAACAAUCGGAAGAUAUCGUGAGCAAGCCUAUAGAGGUGUAA